UCCUCGGCGAUGAUAUGACCUCUGUGAAGCUUGGCACUCUUGCCACCGGUUUCUAUUCUGCUGGAACCACGGUCUCAGAUAACGGAUUAUUUGUUGUGCGAUUCCCACGUAAUCCUUGGUACAACAAUGCUUGGUACGACAAGGCUUGGUACGACCACAUGACGCUCAUAUCCGCCUCUGAGGACCCAUCCAUUCAGCCCCUUGCCUCUCCUUUUUCCCCGUUCUCUCAAUUUGGUGAUAAGAAACUGGCCUCCCACCAUCCGCUCGGUUCCUCAUCCUCUCGAGAGGCUGAGAAAUUGGCCAUUCCUCACCGUCGGACGCUUGGAUUCUCUCCAGGAGCACGAUAUGUUGGUGCUUUUGAUGGCGUCCAUGCCUUUACCUGGUCGACAGAAUCAUUCCAGUGCCUCGCGAGCUAUCGGGUGACAAACUUCAAGUAUUGGAUUAUUAACCCUGCUGUCCCUCCACCUCCCUCAUGUAUCAUCCCUGAUCCUAUAUCCACUCUCCCGUUAGUAGGAGGUGGCUCGGCUUAUGCACAUCAAUCCGAUGCGGAUGCGGGGCAUGACCUUGAUGAGUCCUGGAUCAAGCGCCCAUUUUACGACCUCUCACCAAGCAACUCAGAAGAGACCGUUGAGCUCUGCUGUUUGCCUGCCGCAACUAAAACCUCACUAAUCCAGUCCCGCUUUUCAAUGUGGUCCCUUGUGUGGCUUAAUGGUAGGCAAGAACUCGAGCUCCAAGGGUCAUAUGGAUCGGUAUUUGAGGACUAUGGUCCCUAUUACGGUUAUCGGGUGCCAUAUGAUCCUCUGGGGCUCUACCGCCCGCAGUCUAGCAGGGAUGGGACUCGAUUUCUAGUCCAGGGCCGUUCAACGGCGCCAAUUGUCAUCGAUAUUAGCCAAAUCAUUUAGCAUUUACCAGUGCGCUCGUUAGCAGUGCUUACUCGUCACCCCCUUGGCCACCCACUCGAUGCCUUUGCUGCAACGCUGCUUAGAAUUGUGGACGGUCCUUGAUGUGUGCAUCAUUCACUAUAUUUGUAACGUAAUGUACAUAACAUCAUUGCGAGUUUGGCGGGUCUCUGGCGUCCUGCGGAGUACAGGAAGGUGAAGCGUCACCAAACUACUACUGGUGAGGGGGUGGAAAUAGAUCAUGCAGCCUUUCGAACAAGGAUUCAAAGAUGCGUUGCCAAGCCUAUGGCAUGCACACAUUCAGGCCGCCGAGUGAGAUAUUAGUGAUUCGCAGAUUUUUUAUUAGCUGAAUCGCCUGCGC